AUGCAGGCCGACGACCGGAGCCUCUGGGAGCGGUCGACGGCGCGGUCGUACCUGCGGGCCUACUUCCGCCUCGAGCUGCGCAUGCUCUGGUGGUUCCGGUCGAGCGCCACCGGCCGGAGCCUGGCGCUGCCCCUGCGGCACGUCAUCUCCCAGAACCCGACGCGGGACGUGACGGCGCUGACCUGGGUGGCCUUCGUCGCCGGCAUCUUCUACAGCGGCUACCACUUCACGGUGAACUGCGCCAUGAAUCUGGGCUUCGUGCUCCUGACGCGCGCGGUGAUCGCGGCGAGGAGGCCCGUCGAGUACGACGUGCACCUCAAGCAGCUCGCGGACCGCACGCGGGGCGCCUACGGGUCGCCGGACCUCGCGACGCACAUGGCCGUCGUCGUCUUCCUCCAGCUGUCGGAGAAGGGCGUCGACGACGCGCGCGGGACCGACUACGAGAUCUUCGAGGGCUUGAUCUGGGGCGGGGCCCUGGCGCUCGUCGCGCUCGUCGCGCUGUCGCGCCUCGUCGCCGGGUCGCGCUUCGUCUACCAGGUCGCGCUGUCGCUGGCGACGGGCGCGCUCGGCAUCACCGCCGCGCGGACGCACGUGACGUCCAAAAUCGACCCGUGGCGCGACGAGUGGCACAACCUCGCGAAUAACGCGGGCCACGUCGUCUGGCUCACGAUCAUCUGGUCCUGCGUCGCGGCCUACGUCGCCCACUACGCCGAGGACAACUCGUCCCACUUCUUCUCCAUCCCCAACGACGAGUUCACGCGCGUCAUGAAGGGCAUCUACAACCAGCCGGGCAGCCGCGGCUACGCGCCGAAGCGGCGCAACAAGCGCGGCCAGCAGUACGCGCCCCCCGACGCCCUGUCGAACCUGUCCGCGCGCCUCUCGCAGCGGCCGCGCGCCGCGCCGGAGAUCUAA